GGAGGGGGAGGGGUCCGUAAAUAAACAGUGAAAGGGGGCGUUCAUUCAGUGUAGAGGCAUUUUCACACAAGUGUGGACAGUUAAUGUCUUAAAAUCUUCCUUUCCGCUCCUACACGCAGUUUGGUCAUUUUUAGACGUCCGUUUAAAGUCUGUCCUUGGAGGACUUGCAGCAGAAGCUCUCAUCUCAUCUGCUGUUUGUUGUUGGAUUGGAGGGGAGAGGUUUUUAGAGCUCAAUCAUGGCGGCUUCCUUGCUCAGAAUAGGUCGGCUUGGAUCUCUUAAGGUUCUGCAGUUGGAGAGCUGGAGCGUGUUAAGAAGAGCGCCAGCAGUUGCUCUCAGUUCAAAAUCUGGGGACAGCAAGAAGUCCAAAAAGACCAGAGAAAAGCCCACAACGAAAACGUACUUCGAUAUAGAAAAACUUGUCCAACACAAAUCCUACGUGGAAUUGCCCAAGAAGGAGAAUGUAGCGUUAGCUGCUGCCGCCGCUGCAGAAGCCGCACCUGCUGUUGCUGCCCGUGUGUCUGAACCUGUAAUUCCUGAGACAGUUGCAGCUGCUGCAGCAGCAGUACAAGCUCCACCUGUUGAAGCGGCUGCUCCUGUUGCUGAAGCAACUGCUGCCCCUGCACCUGAAACUCAAGCUGCUUCAGCCCCUGCUGCAGAACCUGUAACUGGGCCUGUUGCAGAACCAAUUGUAGAAGUCGCUGCAACUGCUGCCGAAGCUCCCGCGCCCUCUGCCGAAGCUCCCGCUGCAGAAGCUCCUGCGCCCUCUGCCGAAGCUCCCGCUGCAGAAGCUCCCGCGCCCGCUGCCGAAGCUCCCGCGCCCGCUGCCGAAGCUCCCGCGCCCGCUGUGGAAGCUGCGCCGGUUGUGGAAGCUGCGCCGGUUGUGGAAGCUGCGCCGGUUGUGGAAGCUGUCACUUCUGAAGCUACAUCUGCAGAAGUGGCUGAGGAAGCUACUGCACUUAAGUCUGAGAUUGGUGCCUCUACAACUGAAGCAGUUGUCCCUGAAGCCCCACCUGGAGAAGCAGCAGCACCUGCACCAGAACCUGUAGCAGAAGUGGCAGCGCCUGCCCCAGAGCCUCCCGUGGAAGCAGCAGCACCUGCACCAGAGCCUCCUGUGGAAGCAGCAGCACCUACACCAGAGCCUCCUGUGGAAGCAGCAGCACCUACACCAGAGCCUCCUGUGGAAGCAGCAGCACCUGCACCAGAGCCUCCCGUGGAAGCAGCAGCACCUGCACCAGAGCCUCCCGUGGAAGCAGCAGCACCUACACCAGAGCCUCCCGUGGAAGCAGCGGCACCUACACCAGAGCCUCCUGUGGAAGCAGCGGCACCUACACCAGAGCCUCCUGUGGAAGCAGCGGCACCUACACCAGAGCCUCCUGUGGAAGCAGCAGCACCUACACCAGAGCCUCCUGUGGAAGCUGCAGCACCUGCACCAGAGCCUCCUGUGGAAGCUGCAGCACCUGCACCAGAGCCUGCUGCAGACCCUGCCCCUGAAGUUCCUGCGCCAGCCCCUGAAGUAGUCCCGGAGGUUGCAGCCCCUGCAGAAGUUGUCUCUGAAGCUGCAGCAGAAGCUCCACCUGCCCAAGAGGCUGAAGCGGCCCCAGUUGCAGAGGCAGUGGUUGAUGCAGUCAUAGAAGCUGCUGCUGAAGCGGUAACUGAAGUAAUAGCUGAAGCUGUCCCCACUAAAGCUGUUGCAGAAGUAGUGGAGGCCGUGGCUGAAGCUGUAGCCGAAGUUGUUGUAGAAGCUGCUGCUGAAGUUGUGUCUGACGCGGCCCCUGCAGAGGAGCUGGCAGACGCCGCUGCCAUUAUAGCAGAUGCUGCUGAAGCUCCUGUUGAAGUCGUGGAAGCGCCUGAGGCUGGUUUGGAUCCCAUUCAGAAACUCUUUGUGGAAGCAAUCCGUGACUACUCCUCAAGGAGCAUGUCUACUGGUGGCCUAGUUGAUGCAGGUCCUGAGUACCAGAAGGCUUUGGCUGAAGAAAUUGCCAAACUGCAGCGGUUAUAUGGUGGUGGUGACUUGACUUCCUUCCCAGAGUUCAAUUUCCCUGAGCCCAAACUGGAUGAAGUCUCUACCAAGUAAAGAGCCAGUUCCCGACGUCACCCUCUCCUGUGCCUAAUUGCAAUAAAUAUGAUGUCGUCAACCCUCUUUACCCCUGUCACCCUCUUGCCAUAGAUUUGUUACAGAUAUUUUUGUGAACCUUUCGAAGCCUUUUUCAACAGUCAUAUGCAACUAGUUAAUAGAUGUAUUGAGUGCGCAGUUUGAAAGGGAUUAGCACUGUAGCUGUGAAUUAAUGCGUUUGCACGCUGUAAUAUUAGGCAGUAUGGUUUGAACUAUGUGGAAAGGUUUUCUGUCUGGUCUCUCUGUGUAUCUGACCUUGCUGGUGAUCUAAACUGUGAAAUACAAUUUUCUGAUCUUUA